AUGACUUCUACUGAACCCGAAUCAGCUGAACCUGAAGAAGUACCACCACCACCGGUACAGAAACCUGGUAGAAAGAAAACAGAUGUGGCUUGGGCACAUUGUUUCGUAGCUACUGAGGAUGGAAAACCUGUUUUGAUAUGCUUGCACUGUAAUAAAAAUAUCAAAGGUGGUGGAAUUAAUAGGAUGAAGGCACAUUUGGCACGAGAAUCAGGGCAAAUAACAGGAUGCCCCAACGUGCCUGAUGAAGUUCAAGUGAAAAUGAAAGAAAGCAUUGAUGAAUGCCAAGGCAAGAAAAGAAAAGCUGAACAAGAGUAUAAGGAAAGUAAUUCAAUUGAUGAGCACUCUCUGACACCCGAUGAAGAGGUUACAAUGCCACAACCACCACCUUCUAAAUCUCAAAAGGGGAAGGACACUGGUCGCAUAUCUGCUUUUUUUGUGCCUAGAACAACUCCAGGAGCUCAACCUACGCUGAAGAGUGUGUUGCAAAGUAAAGAAAUUGUGGAGAAGUGUGACCUUGCCAUUUCAAGAUGGAUGAUUGAUGCUUCUGUGCCAUUCAAUGCAGUUAAUUCUGCAUACUUUCAACCUAUGAUUGAUGUUGUUUGUGCCAUGGGUUCAGGGUAUAAAGCUCCAAACUUUCAUAGAGUUCGUGGUUUCUUGUUGAAUAAAUGGGUUGAUGACACAAAGAAACUUGUUGAGAGUUAUCGUGAAGUGUGGAAGCGAACUGGUUGCACUCUUAUGGCAGGCGGGUGGACUGAUCGGUGUAGGAGGUCCCUCAUUAAUUUCUUGGUCUAUUGUCCUAAAGACACUGUUUUUCUCAAAUCAGUUGAUGCUUCUCAGUAUGCAAAAACAGCUGAAAUGCUUUUUAAGCUCUUUAAGGAAGUUAUUUUAUAUAUUGGCCCUGAAAAUGUUGUUCAAGUUGUGACAGAUAAUGCUGCAAACUAUGUUGCUGCUGGCAGGUUAUUAGAGGCUGAGUUUCUCAAGUUAUAUUGGUCUCCUUGUGCUGCACACUGUGUUAAUUUGAUGUUCCAAUACAUUGGGAAGCUAGAGGAAGUAGCAGAGACUGUGUCACAAGCUUCUAAUAUUACCAAGUACAUCUAUAAUCACUGCUUUGCAUUGAGUUUGAUGAGAAAGCAUACAAAUAACAGGGAAAUUCUUCGUCCAGCCCCAACUCGCUUUGCUACUAAUUUUAUUGCAUUGCAGAGUAUUUUGCCUCAAAUGGAAGCUUUAAGAGCCAUGGUGGUAGAUAAGGCAUGGACAACCUCAACCUAUGCUAGAGAUACCGAGGCAAAGAAAUUUUUGGAGCAAGUGGGUUUUGGAAGAAAUGUGCUGAUAUUGUGA